CAGACGGAAGAGGUGGAAAAAUGUUAGACUGAACAAGUUUUAAAGUUAUUCUCAUCCUCUUCAUGCGCUUCACCCAAGAUUGCUCACAUUUUAUAGCUAUAGAUCUACAUAUUUUCAAGGAUGAAGCUAGAAGUCAAUAGAUGCCAGCGUUGUGGCAUUUUGUUUAAACAUAGGUCACACCUUCUACAACAUGAACGCAAACACACCUGCCCAAAGAAACUCCUUCCCUAUAGAAGGCAGAAACCUAGGUCCUUACAUGGCAGACAGAGGAGGCAACAGACUUACUUCUCAAGAAAGAAGAGAUUUCUGACUGCUAGAAAGAGAAGAAUGGACAAGGUCAAACUCAGUGCUUUCUUCAGUAAUCUUCACAAAGAAAUCACUGGGCAUUUGACAUCUUCUAAGCCCCAGAUUUUAUCACCAGAACAAGCUGCCCAUAGUUCAAAGUCAUAUAGCCACGAAGAAGACAAGCAGAAGUUCAAAUUCAAAGAUGUCAUAAUUAGGUUGAACAAAAUCGAUGCCUAUUUAAACAUUAAAUCUCAACAAAAUAAAAUACCUGAAAUCUUGACAGUGAAUGUUAAUCAGGAUGGAAAAAAGACAUCAAUCGGAGGUCAGUCACAGGGUAACAAACCACCACCAGGAAAACCUCCUCUCAAUAUUCCAGAUACUGCAGUUGUUAGAUUACAUAGAUUAAGCUUUGCCUUGUCUCAGCAUGCUGUUAAAAUGACAAAAGAUUCUCACACAAGUGGUGUAAGAAGUAAAAAAGAAAGCUCUCCAGUUGAGGAACAUGUAAAGGUCAGAUUAAGUUCAUCAUCAAAAUUUCAGACAACACCAUUGCCGCCUGAAAAGGAAGAGUACCUGUCUCUGUGCAAGAGCAUGUCAUUGUGUAUACCUAAGUUAAAGCUUCAUUUAACCAAUGGAGGGGUCCCUUUAGUACAGGAUACUUCUACCAAGAAACAGGUAUCUCCAGAGGUCAGCAGGUUAGAGGUAAAAAGGUCAAUAUUUGAUAAAAAACCACCAGAAAGUUGUGGAGCAGAGCAUGAGGAGUCAGACAGAUGGUCUAAUAUGGAGAUGUCUACGAGUGCAUCAUCAUCAUCAUCAGACCCACUCAACAUGUGCAAGUUGGACGAAUGGACUCCUAUUGGGGUGCCUACAAGUGCAAUGUCUUCAAACCCACUCAACAUGUGCAAACCUUUAAGGAUCAGCAUUCCAAAAUUAGACAUGAGCCACCCUUCUGUCUUUAGGACCACACCAUCUUCUCUUGAAUCCAUACUUGGUUCAGGACAACCAUGUGUUCAAACAUGUAUUGAUAAAUCAUAUUCUUCUUUCACGGAUACUGGACCAACUGAUGACCAAAAUUCUAUCACAGAAUUGCCAUCCCAAUCAAUGGACUUUGAAGCAUCACCUGGCCUUGUCGCCCAAGAAAAUGAACCAUCAGUUUGUACUAGCAACAAGCUGGAAAAUAUAUGUAAAGAUGUAAAAGUAUGCCUACCGAGAAUUGAUUCCAACUUACUCCGACCAAGGGAGCAGCCUUCUUCUGUUCUUCAUACCCAAUAUCUGCAUAGAACAACACUGUCUGCUAUGGAACCUGUUGUCAAGCUACACAGAAUAAGUCCUUUUAAGUUCCAAGGCAGAUUGCCCAGCGACAGAAUUUCACAUUCUAAUCAACAAGUUCACGAUGUCUCAAGUUGUCUCUCUGAGAGUCUUAAUCGGCUGCAUAUAGGAUCCUCUUGCAACACAGCGACAUCUUCUUAUCAGCAUGUUGGGAUUACUGGAGAAAGUAUUUUUCAGGAAGUUGCUGAAGCCUCAAUCAGUGUUUCCAUAGAUGAUGGACUGGUUGCAGGAACUCAGAGCUAUUCUUUAUCUGCUGGAACUGGCCAUUCCAGCAGUAAUAUUAUUUCAGCCAAUACUUGUGUCAACCCCAGCAGCACUCAACUUCAGUGUGCAACUCAUGACAAUGAAACCAUAGCAACUUCCUCCAGUUCUCAGCUUCCUCUUGCAGCCCACCAACAUCCUGUUCAGAUGAGUUCAAAUUCUUCACCAGCCCCCGAGGAACUUCUCCAGCCCACCUCAGUGUCCCCACAGGCCCCUGUUGCUCCACAGCGCCCUCCUUUGCCUAGAUUGGCAAUAACUCUAGACCGUGUGAAUGUGGAAGAGUUUUAUUUAAACAACCCUGGAAGGAGAGGUCUAGGAUUACCUGUGCAAUACGUACUAGAUCAACAGAGGCCUCUACCGCAGCCUAGAGUGAACAGAAAUACUCAGCUUAUUACAAUUAAUGCGUAGAAUCCAUGACUGACUGAGUUGGAGUGGAUUCUAGAUCAACAGACAUCUACAUUAUCAAGAGGCAAUAUGGUACCUGGUGGAAGAUGUGGAAGAUGCUAAAUUCAGUGCAAUUCAGUAUUUUUAUUGCCCAAGGCAAACAAAAACCUAUUUAUCAGGAAGUUUCAGAACUUAUAUUUGUUGGUCUAAGUGCAUACAAGAUCAGUAGGACCACAUCCAAGUCAAUAAGCACAUUAAAUUGAUCACCCAGUGCAGUGUGUAGAAUCAGUAUGGGAUUGAAGACCUUGAUGUCAGUCCAGUGACAACUUUGAGGUACACCUUAUUGCCAGUAUUGAUAUGUAAGACUUUGAGGAUAAGACUUCAGUCAACUGUGAAAGAUGGCUUCAACCAUUGUAUAAAAAGUGUGAUGAUGGUGAUAAUAAGCUAGCUUUUGUGUGUGCCAAGAAUCUGAACUGAGAAACCACAAAUGGUGUGCUGGACUUCAGUUUUCAUAUGAAAUAUUUAGAUUGGUGUAAAGCAUAUUGGGGUUGAGUCAUUUGUGUUAAUGUAUCUAUAAUUAGCUUAGCUAUUUGAGCAAUGAGCAAAUGAACUAUUAAGCUAUUUUUAUUCAGGUCUGCAUUUCAGUGAAAUUACACAUAAUUACCAACUGUGUUCAUUGUAUUGCGUCCAGCAACAAUAUUGUGCCUUAUGUGGCUAUAGUGUUCUGAUAAUGUCCAAUUUUUCAUUGUAUAAGUGUGCUGUUGUGCAUGAUGGAUAUAUAAGCCUUUUUGGUGUGCUUAUAAUUAAAUAGAAUGCUAACAGCUUUGUAUAGUCAGUAUUGUAGUACUGUGUAUUGAAUACAGCAGUGCAAACCAUGAAAUGAUAGGCAUUUAACAGUGGAUGUUGUUUAUAAUUAUAGUUAUAACCACACUUGAAUCAUUGAAUGUGAUAUCAGUUACAUAUUAUUGUGAAUGUGAUAUAUACCAGUAUAUAACUUAAGUAGUCGAUAAGGUUUGCCCCAAGUUAAGAUUGAAUGGGAGACUAAAUUCAAUCUUGGUAAGAUACUCAACAAAUAAUGUUUGAAUAUGGCACAUGGUGAAGAUAAACAGUUAUUUUGAAAUUUGUUUGACAACAUUAUUAAGAUAAUUGAUAAUUAGGAUAAUAAAAGUAAUGUUUGUUUUAAAUCAAUUAUUACGAAAGAAAUAUUACCAGUUAAAAUGAAGAUUAUAUUUGUUAUUGAGUAUGCUUUUAUGAAAAGCAUUUUCAUUUCUUACAUUAUAAUGUACUAGUAAGGGGGCUAUGUAUCAGCUGAGAAUUUUUUCAGAUCUGUUCACUAAAUGUAGAUGAUUAGGUGAGAAAUGAUUAUUGUGCUUUUCAGGGCUAGGAAAAUAAAAUGACAAGACAGCAAUUCUCUCUUGAGUUU